AUGGGCCCAGCCCCCGUGGGUGGGAACCCCCCACCAGAAAGUCACACCCCGGUGGGUGGGUCGGGACACGCCUCCUCCUCUCCUGCCACUGCCGGUUCCCACGCUACCGGAACCGGGAAGAAGCCAGGCCGGAAGCAGGCCAUUCUGGCCUGUCGGAAGCACGGUCUCCGCUACCCACCGGCCAGGGGGAGGCACCGUGCCCUAACCCAGCCUGCUUCAUCCUCGGAAGAGGAUGAGGAGAGUGGCAGCCCCCGGCAUUCCAACAAGUCGGGGGGGGAACCCAUUUUAUCAAGAUCACCAGUUUCAUCUACAGCGACAAGGGUACCAGCCAGCGGGAAACUGGCGGCGAAGCGCGAGGAGGGGCCGCGCGACAACACCAAGUGGCCCUUCUCAGCAUCCCAGCCUUCCAACCAUCAAGGAGGACGAGUGGCCGCGCGGCCAAGUCCAGCAGUUCAGCGCAGCCACGAGGACGGACUCCGCCUCUUCCGCCGGACAGGUACCCUAAAUCAGGGCAAUCGUCGGGUCCUCCGCAGCAGCGUCACCAUCUCUCUCCAGGAUGAGGACCUGACGAGAGUUUCUGCUGGGUUCCUGGGCCCCCUCCACGACUGUCGGGACACCACCGUGCUCAUCUUAGAAGACUCCUUCAACACGCCGAAUGAAAUCACCAUCUUACCUGAGGUAGUGUGUUUUCCACCAGGAGAGGAGAUCACCGUCUCCGUCAUUUGUAACCAUCCGCCAUUUACUUUAAGGAAAGGAGAUCCUUUUGCUUUGCUUUACGUACUGGACACCCACGAUGACCCGGACACAGAGAGACAUGUUUUCUUCACCCAAAAUGUAUGUAAAGAAAGACCAUUAAUUGAUGCCAAACUUUCUUUCCAGGGAAAGUCGGUGCAGAUGCGGCUCAUGGCAGACACAGGAGCUGAUGUGACCAUCAUCCCCCAGGCGAGGUGGCCCAGCGACUGGGAGCUCGUGCCCCCUUGCGGCAGGAUCUCCGGUGUGGGCGGAGCGGUCCACUCUCUGAGGAGUAGGCAUCUUGUGUGCGUGGAAGGUCCGGAAGGACAAUUGGCAACGACUUUUGUAGCGCAGAUUUUAUCACCUGUGCGUCGGCUUUUCCCUGAGGCCAUCAUCCUGCAUUACAUGGAUGAUGUGCUAGUUUGUGCUUCCAACUCGACAUACCUAAAGGCAACACUGGACAAGACUAUUAAGGCUAUCAAAGCUGCAGGGCUCCAGAUAGCGGAAGAGAAGAUCCAAUUCUCAGCACCAUGGAGGUACCUCGGAUUCCUCAUCACGGGAAGGACAGUGACGCCACAGACACUGACCAUCAACGAGGAUCCGAAGACUCUGCGAGACCUUCAGCAGCUGUGCGUAACGAUCACCUGGAUCCGCCCCCUCCUGGGACUGACGACUGAGGAGCUGUCACCUCUCUUCUGUCUGCUUCAAGGCGACGGAGACCUCGCCUCACCGCGCGAGCUGACACCUGCCGCGCGGGAAGCCCUGCAAGGGGUUGCUGUUGCUCUGAAGUCUCGCCAGGCACACCGCGUGGUCCGGACCCUUCCCGUGAACUUUGCGGUGUUGGACGCUGAGGAUGACUGCCGCCUUGAGGACACCUCUGAAACAUCUGAUGCUCCUGAUCGCCAUCAUCUGGCUGUCACCGGUCAGGAGCUGGAUAGUCCCACAGCUGAGAGAAAACAUAUGGGUCACGCUGGCAAAGUCCUUGAAGCAGGACAACUUCUGCAUGGCCAUGGGAAGUGUGGACAAUCCGUUAUCCACGUGCCUGGUAGGAGUCCCCCUGUCGCCAAACGACUAUCCAUAUGCAGGAAAAAAACCUAAUCCUGUGGACACCUGGGAUGAGUGGACGAGGAUUCUGCCACAUGCACCACAGGAGCCCCAAGAAUUGGACCUAUUGGGCUCCUCUCAGGCAACUUAUUGUGUCAGGUUUAGGUACCAGCCCUCCCAGAAAGACUGGGAUCAAAUGGCUAAACUCCACCCCGCUGGUACCCAAGAAGUAAAAAGACACGAUGUAUCUCCCCACGAUCGGAGAUACCAUGCAGCAAAUUGGUGCAAUUACACCUCGACCAUGGUAUCUAGGUCCUCCUCAGUUCCCAGGGUGCUCCCCAGGGGGGUUUUUCUCAUCUGCGGUGACAGGGUGUGGGCAGGGAUUCCCUCCCAAAUCCAGGGAGGCCCCUGCAGCCUUGGGCAGCUUACCACACUGACACCGAACAAAACCCAAAUUUUAAAUUGGAAAAACGAAAAUAAAUUGGCGCGCAAAAAGAGAUCCUAUAACCAAUUUGACGAAAAUUGUGAUUCAAAAAUUUACAAUUGGGGAAAGACGAAGAGAGUCGCGGUAUCCAUAUUUUUACCGUGGUAUGCCGCAGCAAAGGCCCUCGGUGAGCUUUCUCACCUCGAGUGUUGGCACAGUAAGCAGGCCAACGCCACGUCCGCUGCCCUUUCCGACUUGCUAGUGGACGAAGAAGUCACCCGGCACGCCACACUGCAAAAUAGGGCUGCUAUUGACUUCUUACUGCUCGCCCAUGGCCACGGCUGUGAGGACUUUGAAGGAAUGUGCUGCUUCAAUCUGGCAUCAAAGAGCACAUCCAUCCAAGCUAAUAUCCAGCGGAUCCAAGAGCAAGUUGACGACCUCAAGACUGAGACCUCGACUGUAGUUCCUGUGAAUAAACUGCUAUCUCAAUGGGGUGUCCCAGGGUGGGUUGUUAUCAUCCUCAAGAGACUCUUUUGGAUCUUUCUGAUAAUGUUCAUUAUCUCGGUUGCUUUAUUUUUGUUUAGACGUAUGUUGCUUAAAACGUUGGGAAGUGCUUAUUUAAUAAAUAAAAACGGGGGAGAGGUAGGAGGAGGGGUUGGGGAAGUCAGUCUAGGGUUGCCAUGGGAAACAGCAGUUGUAUGAGUUCUCCACCCCCUUUUGUAAGAGAAUUGUACCCUCCCCCUGUCCUGUCAGUUAUUGUUCAAGUCUGCCCCUUAGCCUAGAAUCUUCUCUGUUCCACGUUUUCCCUUUGGUUCUUCCACCAAGAACACUCCUUUCCCUUUUCCCCACUGGUUAAUGUUAUAUUUCCCCUCCCUUUAGCCUUCUCCCGAUUGUACCCUCGAAUGCUAAACCCUCCUACCCCUACGCAGUAAAAGAAACCUCACCCCGCCCUUCGGGGCUCUUGGAAUCUGCCUCCCUUC